AUGGUAGAUGUGGCAAGAGCCAGGGUUCAACAAUCCAUCCUCGCCAACAGAUCACGCAUCGACAAGUUGAACCAAGCUAUUGAUGCAAAGGAGAAAAAGAUUGAAUACCUCAGAUUGGCCCUUGAUAUAAGCAAAGAAAGGGAAGAGAAGGAGCGUAAGAGGACUGAGGAAAUUAUUUCUAAAGUCAACUCUGACUUGGAAAGAGAACGUCAGUCAAAUGAGAAGUUGGACUUGGAAAUUGCAGAGUUACACAGCAAAAUAGGGGCAGUAAACACAGACUUGGCACAGACCGAAGAAGUCUUGAAUAAAUAUAAAUCAUACAGAGACAUUAUUGUCGAGAUCUCUUCCUGCAGUCCAGAUGACCAGUCCAGCCAGGAUGAGAAGCUGUACCUUGCACACAUCCUUUCUGAUCCAAACCACCUUCUUGAAAAGAGGACACACUUAGAAUCCAUCAACCUGCAUUUGUUAGACAGCAUUCAACAGGAAAAGAAUACUCUAAAGAAAGAGGGUGAGAUGACAGACACAGUUGUCAAGAAUUUUACGAAGGAGCAGGAUACACAUGAAGCCCUCAUGAAAGAGCUAGAAGACCAAACCAAGAGAAUGGAAGACAACGCAGUCUAUUAUAAGCACAUGGUCCAGGUCUUUGAGUCAGUUGGGAACUCAAACGAAGAUCUCAUGAAGCAGACUCUGAUUAAGAAAGUAGAUGAGUUGUAUGACACCAUAAGAAGUGAUGAGAUGUUUGCCUUCACCACUGACGACAAAUUGCAAAAGACGUACCAGGCCGUAGAAGGACUCGUGAAACGGCUCGACAAAGUUCCUAAAGGGUCCUUGGCUAAAGAGAACAUGGAGCAUCAGCAGAGACAAAAGUCAAGACAGGAACAAGAACAGAAGAGGCUGCAAGCAGACAGGGAAUUGAAAUGCAGGGAAAGAUCACUAGCUGAAUAUAAACCUGUCUUACGUAGAAAGCUCAUGCCCAGAUCUAAACCUCUUCCUGAAAAACAAAAGAGCAAGAAGGUGCAGUCUAUGGAGUUGUUUGACUUUAUCGAAGAUGAGGAUAAAAGGUGGGAAAAGGUCCAGAAAAUGAGCCCACAGCUCAACAGUAGAAACUGGAGGAUCAAUCCACUGCUAAAUCGCCUGCCAUCUGCAGAGGGCACACCACACCCCUCUGCCAACAACUCUGCUGCUGACCACUUAAACCUCUGCCCCGGGGACUCUCUUACAUCCUUGUUGAGAAAGGCCAAGACGCAAAAAGCUAACGCAAGAAAAUACUUCCCUCACCCUGUUUAA